UUCUGAUAAUGUUUUGAGUAGUUGAUAAGUACACUAUAGCUACGACAGGUACGCACCGAGGAUAGAACGGGUGGUUCUCUUACAAAUGGCCACCAUCGUCUUUUGCACAGCGAACAAAAUGGCUCAGACCACGACGAGACAAUGUUUGAUUGCACAUUUAAAGAGGUUUGGUAAUGCAAGAGAGACGCACUUGCUGUUUUCCUCCACUCACAGCCCGUCAGUGACUUUGCUUCCGGGAACGAGAUGGUUUUCCAGGGCUACCGGUGUAAGAUUUAUGUCCCAUGGGAACGCAGGCAGAUCCGCAGCAGGACGAAUAAGAAGGGGAGCUCUGGCGCUCAGUGGAGCCGCAGCAGUUACAGCAGCAGCGGCUGUAGCCGGGUUUUUAGCCAAUGCUAACCACUUCCAGUGUGCAGAUAUGGCAAAGAGAGUCCCCCCAGCCGCUGAGGAGAAGGAGCAAGAGAGGGACAUCUUGGAGAGAUGCCGGGGGUUCAUGUCUCCUCCGGUGACCGACAUCGGCGUGCUGCAGGGGCGGAGAGAGGAGAUGCUUACGAGGAUGGAGAUGUUGAUCAUGGAGACGCAGGCCGAUUUCUGCAGAGCCCUGCAGGAGGUGGACGGUGGGGUGUUCAAGGUGGACCGGUGGGAGAGGAAAGAAGGUGGCGGAGGAAUUAGCUGUGUAAUGCAGGAUGGAAAGGUGUUUGAGAAGGCAGGGGUGAAUGUGUCAGUGGUCUUUGGAAACCUGACAGAGGGGGCCGCCAAGCAGAUGAGGAGCAGAGGGAAAGUCCUCAAAGGGAAAGAUGGGAAGCUGCCGUUUUGUGCCAUGGGUGUGAGCUCCGUUAUCCACCCCAAGAACCCCCACAUCCCCACAGUGCACUUCAACUACAGAUACUUUGAGAUAGAGGAGGAAGAUGGCACUAAGCAGUGGUGGUUCGGUGGAGGAACAGAUCUGACUCCAGUUUAUAUUAAUAAAGAAGAUGCAUUUCACUUUCACAACACCUUGAAGGAGGCCUGUGAUAAACACCACCCGCAGUACUACCCCGACUUUAAGAAAUGGUGUGACAGGUACUUCUAUAUUGGCCACAGAGGAGAAACUCGAGGCAUAGGAGGGAUCUUCUUCGAUGACCUGGACUCCCCGACUCAGGAAGAAGCGUUCAACUUUGUCAAGAGCUGUGCCCGCACCGUGGUGCCCUGUUACCUGCCCAUCGUAUACAAACAUCUCAAUGACUCCGUUACUGAUGACGAAAAGGCGUGGCAGCAGGUACGACGAGGCAGAUAUGUGGAGUUCAACCUGGUGUAUGACAGGGGAGUGAAGUUUGGCUUGGCCACGCCUGGCUCCAGAAUUGAAAGCAUCCUCAUGUCCCUCCCCCUCACUGCCAGGUGGGAGUACAUGCACGAGCCUGCCAAAGGUACCCUGGAGGCUGAGAUGCUGGAAGUGUUACGAAACCCCAAGGAGUGGGUGUGACCGCAGUGUACACAGGUUUACGCGUCAAUAUGGACAAAACAUCCAGGAAACCGUCUUUAUUGGAUUUUAUAAAGGUGUAAGCUGUGACGCGAUCAGCAGCUGUUAACACCGUGUUUACCAAAAUAAAAUGAACUUUUUUUUUUUUGCAUUAGCCUGAAUCUCCGCUGGUACUUUUCUCUUUCCUGUUUGCUACGUUUUGUCAAAUCAGUCUUGUUAACACUUAAUCACUGGGGAUGUGAAUAAGUGAAAAUUAGACACUGUGUUGUUAAAUGAAAUGACUGAGCUUUGUGCCAGUAAUUACUGCCUGGCAAAGUAAAGCAAGAUUAAAUAAUGUAACUUCACAGGGCCAUUAGGUCAUCUCACAUUGGUGAUGUGCCCCUUUUAAGAAGUGUUUGUGUCAAACACUAGCUGUGUGUGUGUGUGUGUGUGUGUGUGUGUUUUUUCCUAUGCCUGAGCUAAAUGUGGCUUGCUCUACUUGAAGCUGUCUGAGCUCUACUCUCCUCUGCUCUUUAACAAGGCACUGAAAGGGUAACAAGGACAAACAGCCACUGUGUUUUGUAUGUGUACUACUCACAUCAACUGUUAAUAAAACUGGUUUUGAUGUUUAAGAGCAUCUGCUCAACACAAUGGGUUAUUUUUGACAAUCAAGGCUGAAUAAUAUGAAUGAACUGUUCCCCGUUGACUCCCAUUUACAUUGUGGUUGGUCUUUCAUUUGUAGUUAAUGAGUCACUUCCUCCUUUGUUUGAACAAAGGUGAACGGUACUUGGAUCUUGUAUCAUGCUCCACAGAGAGGACAAACAUGGAUCACAAGCCAGGUGGUUCCGUGAAGACAGAAGACUGUCUCCAUAACAACCCUUCAUGAGAUGUGUCCUUUAAAAAUAAUAUAUAGCUAUUAGUUAUGAAUUGUGUAUUUUAACUCAUUUUAACCUAAUAUUCCACAUAAAACUUUCCUUUUUUUCCACUCUGAGUUAUAUACACCGAUCAACCACAACAUUAAAACAGGUGACUGGUUUGAAUGUUGUGGCUUACAUAUGUAUUUUUUUUUACUUAAAAGCCAUGAAGCCAUGGGGAAAAAAUGAAAACUAAAAAAUGUUUUUUUUUUUUUUAACAUUGAUCAUUGAACAUUAAAACCAGUUACCUGUUUUUAACGUUGUGGCGGAUCAGUGUAUAUCUUUUUGUUGCAGCACCUGAUUCAAAGUACAUUGAACUUUUACUGAGUUAACUACUCAAAUCCAAGACCCAUUGUAACAGUUUCAUUCUCAAUUUCGUGUGACUCAUUUUACACAUGUUCCUCUGUUCAGUCUCUCACAACUUUGAGUCAGUUGUGAGAGACUGAACAAAGCUCAGGACUGUGUCAUUGUCUUGUUUGUAAAACGAUGACUGUUUGGGGAAUCGAGCAGGAAGAACUGUAGAAAACUGGUUUAGACA